AUGGGGUUCCGGCUUAAGGCGCCGCCGAUGUAUAUCUGGUACGCCCUGUUUGUAUCUCAAGCAGGAUUGCUCUUUGGUUUUGAUACUGGUUCAAUUGGCCCUAUAACAGUCAUGGACCAGUUCCAAAAGGACUUUGGACAUACAUCCCCCACAAUGCAUGGAGUUAUAAUAUCCAUGAUACUCCUAACAGCGGCUAUAUCUUCUGUGUUUGCUGGGCAUUUAGCGGACAAGAUAUCUAGAACAUACACUACAUGCCUAGGCGCUGGAAUAUUUGCAAUAGGCUCGCUGCUACAGGCUAUUGCUGGUCUUGGUGAGGGUACCAGAUCCGCCAAGCUCGGAGUUCUUCUUCUUGGACGAUCGAUAGCCGGUAUUGGCGAAGGGUUCUUCCUAACGUCUACACAGGUAUAUAUUAUCGAGAUAGCACCCGGUCAUGUUAGAGGUCGGGUUAGUUCCAUUCUUUUUAUGGGGAUAACUGGUGGUCUCUGUUUUGGUUAUUUCUUGUGUUACGCGACUUCGAAGAUUCAGAGUACCAUGGCUUGGAGGAUUCCGUUUUUUUGGCAGACCGGGAUUGCCACAAUACUCUCACUAGGUUCGAUCUUUCUGCCGCAUUCUCCGAGAUGGCUGCUUCACGUUAAUAGGCGCGAUGAAGCUAUGGUUACCCUUGAGAGAAUGGGCAUGGGUACUGCGGCAGAAAAGGAGAAACAGGAACUUCUAGCCAUUCGAGAAAAUGUUAUAACUCAAGAGGCGCCUCGGGGUAUCAAGUCCAUCCUCAGCGCUGGAAAGUCACUUAAGCUUCUAGCAAAGAAACAAAAUCGCUGGCGCGCAUCCCUCGCCAUCUUCAUGAUGAUAUGCCAGCAAACCACGGGUAUCGAUGGAGUUCUUUACUACGCUCCAGUUCUCUUUUCUCAGGCCGGGUUAUCUUCCCAAUCCUCUAGCUUUUUGGCGUCAGGGGUUACUGCUAUCCUCAUGUUGAUCUGUACAGCUAUUUCACUUACAUACUCCGACCGCUGGGGCCGCCGUCCCACAUUACUCUACACCGGCUUUGGCAUCGUUCUCUCCAUGUUUCUGAUCGGUGGCCUCUACGCUAGUCCCAGUGCCAACACUUCAGGUGCAAAAUGGACCAUCGUUGCAGCAAUCUAUCUCUUCGUAAUAACAUUUACAAUUGGAUGGAGCAUGAUCCUCAGAAUUUAUGCGGUGGAGAUACAACCGAUGGAAACGAGAGCAACAGUGAAUAGCCUAAGCCAUAGCGCGAAUUGGGUGGCUAAUUACGUUAUUGCGCUUACUACGCCCGUCUUUCUAGCGAGGAGCGCUUGUGGGCCGUACUUUUUCUUUGGGGGGUGUACAGCCUUUGCUUUGUUGGUUUAUAUUAUGUACAUGCCAGAGACACAGGGCAUUGGGUCUUUGGAGAAUAUGGAUAAAGUUUUCGAGAUUACACCGUUGAAGAAGUUGAGGAAGAGUUUGAAGGAGAGGGUAAAUCGGACAGGGAAUACAACCGGUUCUAUUUUGCCGAGUGAAUUUGAGAUGCAGACGGCGGCCUGA